AUGGACCUUCAAGGUCUUCAGGUUCUGUCGCUUCUUCUGCUCUUUCAAGGAAUUCACACAGCUCGAGGGAGCUGUGGAAGCGAGGAGUUUCAGUGCACCAGUGGACAUUGCAUAAACAUUGCCUGGAAGUGCGAUGGUGUAAAAGACUGCACCGACGAUUCAGAUGAGCUCAACUGCCGCGGUCGAACCUGCAGCCCAGAUCAGUUCACCUGUCAUGAGGGCCAGUGCAUCCCCAGAAAAUACAAAUGUGACCACGUGAAGGACUGUGUGGACAGCUCUGAUGAAAACAACUGCAACUACCCACAGUGCACCGAGAAGACAUGUGCCAACGGGGCUUGUUACAACAACUCGCAGCAUUGCAAUGGACUGCAGGACUGCAGAGACGGCUCGGACGAAUAUAACUGCACCACCAACCAUUGCCCCAUCCACCAAUAUCAGUGUGCCAAUGGCAUCUGCAUCCCACAAUUCUUCUUGUGCGACACGUGGAAUGACUGCGGGGACAACAGUGACGAGCAAGGCUGCGUGUAUCAGAGCUGUAGCGGCAACGAGUUCACGUGUACGAAUGGCCGUUGUAUUCCCCAGCGCUGGGUGUGUGACAAGUUCAAUGACUGCGGGGACUAUAGUGACGAAAAAGGAUGUGACAGUAACUCCCGGGAUUGUUACCCUGGCGAGUGGGGCUGUCCGGGCUCGACAGCUUGCAUCCCUUUGGGGAAAGUUUGCGAUGAGAAGCCAGACUGUCCCGGCGGAACGGAUGAGACCAACUCAACCACUGGCAAGACCUGCAGCCUGGAGCGCUGCUCAACCUUGAGCUGCGAGUAUAUGUGCCACGUGUCACCAGGAGGGGGCGCUUGCCACUGCCCUGAUGGUUUUAUUGUCGGCAAUGACAGUCGCUCCUGUGUAGACUACAAUGACUGUCAAAUCUGGGGGAUAUGUGACCAGCUAUGCGAAGACCGGCCUGGGACACACCGUUGCAGCUGUGCCAGUGGAUACUUCCUGGAGCAGGGUCACAUCUGCAAGGCAAAUGUGUCAGAUGGAAUUCCGCACCUCAUUUUCACAAACGGAGGAGCGGUGAUGAUGGCCGACGUCCACGGCCGCUAUGUUCGAACUUUGGUGCCCGCUCAGGGCAAAGGUUCGGCCGUCGGCGUGGCGUACCACAGGCACAGCGAGACAGUCUUCUGGAGUGACACAUACAACAGAAAGGUUUAUUCUGCCAACUAUAACGGCAGAAACAUUAAGGAGGUUCUGACUACUGCGGUUCACAACGUCCAGAACCUCGCCGUGGACUGGAUCAACUUCAAGCUGUACGUCUUAGAGGCCGCAGUGGAGCGCAUCGACAUGUGCGAGUUUGAUGGAGGGAAUCGGGUCACGCUGGUUGCUGAGAACCUGCAGAGUCCUCAUGGCCUCGUCCUGGACCCCACAGUGGGUUACAUGUUUUUCACCGACAUGGGCGUCAGCAAUGAGCAAAUGAAGCUCGAACGAGCCUUCAUGGACGGCAGUAACCGCGUGGAGCUGGUGAAGACCAGGCUGGGCACGCCAAUGGGAAUUAGCCUAGAUAUCGUCUCAAAGAGGGUCUACUGGUCCGACAGCCACUUUGACACUAUAGAAACGGUCACCUAUCAUGGCUUGGACAGGAAAAUAGUGCUCAAUGGUGGAACCCAGGCUCCACAUCCUUUUGGGAUGGCUGUCUUCGAGAACCACGUCUUCUUCACGGAUUGGACCAAGAUGGGGGUGGUGAGAGCCAACCGCUUCAACGGCAGCAGCCCGGCGCUCCUCUAUCGUACCGCCAAGCGACCUGGCCAUGUUGUUGUCUCACACUCAGUGCUGCAGCCCAUUGUGAUGAACCCCUGCGGCCGUCACAACGGCGGCUGUCAGCACAUUUGCGUCCUGAGCCACCGCACGGACAACGACGGUCUGGGAUACCGCUGUAAGUGUCGCCUUGGUUACGACCUGCAGGCGGACCUUCGGACCUGCUUCAAGGUUAAGAACUAUUUGCUGUUGGCAACCUCCAUGGCCGUGCGAGGGAUCCCCCUCCAAAUAUCCCUCCAGGAGGACAUCACGCUUCCCCUCACAGGGCUCGCCUCGUCAUUUUACGGCUCCGCCGUGGAGUUUGACGGCAACGAGGAGACUAUUUUCUAUGACGACAGGUCCCGGGGAAUUAUUUAUAAGUCCAACCUCAAUGGAACCGUUCAACAGAUUUUGACGGGCUACAGGGCUUCGUCCGUCGACGCCAUGGCCUAUGACUGGACCUCCAAUGUUUUGUUCUGGACCUCAAGCUCCUACAGGUCAGUGGUGGCCUUCAGAGUCACAGACAAGUCCCGGCGAGACAUCGUCACCGGAUUGAGGAGCCCAAAGGGAAUUGCAGUGCAUCCCGGUGCUGGCUACUUGUUUUGGUCUGACUGGUAUCGUCCAGCGGUCAUCAUGAGGGGCUUCCCCGAUGGCAGCAAUGCGGUACCGUUGGUCAAUACAACACUUGGAUGGCCAUAUGGACUUGCCCUUGACUAUGUACAAAACCGCUUGUACUGGGUGGACUCCCUCUUGCACCAGAUUGGACACAUUGAUAUUCAAGGAAACAACAGGCAGACCUUCACCAAUAUUGGACAGAUCACAAGUCCUUACUCUUUGACUGUUUAUUCAGAGUACCUGUAUGUCAGCGACAUCAGGACCAAAGCGAUAUUUGAGAUGAGAAAAAGUGAUGGAGGAGGAAACAUGAUGAUCAGACAAGGAAUCAACGGCAUUUUGAACAUCAAGGCAUACACAGCCGACCUCCACAGCAGUAUGACUUCUCGGUGCAACGCGGUGGAAAACGGGCGCUGCAGUCACUUCUGCUUCCCGACUCCGUCCUACAGCCGCGUGUGCGGCUGUCCGUACGGCAUGAAGCUGGAGGUCAACCAGCAGGACUGCAUCAAGGACGACAGCGUCCCGCCGCCGGACAACAACUGCGGGGACUACGCUUUCGAGUGCGACAAAGGACGAUGUCGGCCCGACUCCUCCCGCUGCGAUGGCUACUUUGACUGUGUGGAUAAGUCCGAUGAGGCCAACUGUACCAUUAUAGGAGCGACAUGCUCGCCAAAUGCUUUCACCUGCAACAACAAGCACUGUAUCCUGAACGGGUGGCGAUGCGACGGCACAGAUGACUGCGGCGACGGCUCGGAUGAAGUCAGCUGUCCCACAAAAGUGCCCACCACAUGUUCUGCCUCCUCAUUCACCUGCGAUAACAAUAGAUGCAUCUCCAAAGCGUGGGUGUGCGACGGCGACAACGACUGUGGAGACGGUUCAGAUGAACACAACUGCAAUUCCACCAUCACGACCUGCGCUCCUGCCUACUUCCUAUGUCCCGACCACCGCUGCAUAUUCAACAGUCUCGUGUGCAAUGGAGACCAGGACUGCUUGGAUGGGUCGGAUGAGGAAAAUUGCGAGUUUUCCUGCACCUCCUAUGAGUUUACCUGCGCCAGUGGCGACCAGUGCAUUAGUAACAGUUACCACUGUGAUGGAGUGUUUGACUGCAGGGAUCAUUCUGAUGAGCGAAACUGUCCCACUCGAGGCCCAGGCUUGUGCCACGACGAUGAGUUCCAGUGUCAAACCGACGGAUUCUGCGUACCGGGCGAGUGGGAGUGUGACGGCCAUCCCGACUGCGAGGACGGUUCCGACGAGCACAACUCCUGCCUGCCCGUCACCUGCUUAUCCAGCGACUUCCAGUGCCUCAACAAGAUAUGCAUCCCAAAUGACUGGUUGUGCGACGGCGAAAAUGACUGCCGGGACAAUAGUGACGAGCAGAACUGUCCCACGCCGCCAUUCAGUUGUCCCAGUGGCCAGUGGAUGUGUCCCACUGACCAGGUGUGCAUUCAGCAAGACAAAGUGUGCGACGGCCAGAAGGACUGCCCCAAUGGAGCUGACGAGUCGCCUAUCUGCAAUGAAGAGGAUUGCAUCCUGAACAACGGCGGCUGCAGCGACAUCUGCAUUCAAGGACCGUUUGGGGCCGAGUGCAAGUGUCGGCCGGGUUUCCAGUUGCUCAACGACUCCAAGACGUGCGAUGACAUCAACGAAUGUCUCAUCCCGGGCUUCUGCAGCCAGGAGUGCUACAACGAGAAAGGAAGCUUCCGCUGUUACUGCUCUGCCGGUUACCUGCUGGAGCCAGAUGGGCGCACCUGCAAAGCUAUAAACCCUCAAGCAGCUGUGCUUUUGCUGGCCAAGCGUAACCAGAUCAUCGCCAACAGGAUCAAUGCGAAGCCACCCACCAUCAGUCCAGUGGUGAGCGGUUCAAGCAUCGUGACUGUAGACUUUGACCGCAUGACUUCCAGGGUGUACUGGGCGGACACCUCCCAGAAGAAGAUAUGGAGUGCCUACCAGAAUGGAACUGAAAGACAGGAAAUUUUUUCAAGUGGCUUGAUGGUGCCAGAGAGCAUUGCGGUGGACUGGAUAGGCAGAAACCUUUAUUGGACCGACUCCGUCUUGGAGAACAUUGAGGUGUCCACUCUGGACGGUCGCUUCCGAAAAGUGCUACUCAACAAAAACGUUACGAGCCCCCGUGGCCUGGUUUUAGACCCUCGCAACCAUACCAACAUGAUGUUCUGGUCGGAUUGGGGUCAGAAUCCGAGGGUCGAGCGAGCCUUCAUGGAUGGAACCAUGAGAGAAGUCAUUGUCAGUACAAAGAUAUACUGGCCCAAUGGCUUGGCGCUGGACUACACCACACGCAGGGUCUACUUUGCAGACGCUUACCUCAAAUAUAUCGACUACUGUGACUAUGAUGGGAAAAACCGCCAUCAAGUAAUGGCGAGCGACAUGGUUCUCCAGCACCCGCACGGCAUGACCGUCUUCGAGGACAACAUCUACUGGUCGGAGCGCUACACCAGUAAAGUGAUGAGGACGAACAAGUUCCACGGUGGCAACGUCACCACGGUGAUGAUCAGUGUGCACCAGCCCAUGGGCAUUGUUAUGGACCAUCCCAUUAAACAGCCCUCAGGCCUUAAUCCAUGCAAAGAACAUCUGUGCAGUCAACUGUGCCUGCUGUCGGGCUUCAGGCCAAGAUAUUACACCUGCCACUGCCAGUCUGGAUGGAAAUUGGAUGACGAUAAACGCACCUGCACCAAAGAUGAAACACCCUUCUUGAUGGUGGGAAGAGAUUCAGUGCUUUUCGGGAUCCCUCUUGACCCAGCCGACCCCUCCAACAACGCGAUGGCACCCGUGUCAGGCAUCCGUCAGGGGCAGGACAUUGACUUUGAUGACCGGGAUCAGUUUGUCUACUGGGUUGAGUCCUCAGGUUCUAUAUGGCGAGUGCACACCAAUGGCACCAACAGGUCUCCGUUUGCUCCAGCUGCUCUCAUGGGCGCGCCGUCUGGUCUGGCUUUUGAUUGGAUAAGCCGAAUAAUGUAUUAUAAUAACCCCACUGCUAAAUCCAUAGAGGUUAUCCGUGUUGAUGGAAUUCAGCACUAUCACAAAACCCUCAUCACCUCUACUGGGAAACCAGAAAGCGUCGGAAAUCCUGUCGGAAUAGCCGUAGAUCCAACCAGAGGGAAAUUAUUCUGGACGGACAAAGGAUCCAAUAACGGGGUUCCUCCAAAAGUUGGCAGCGCUGACAUGGAUGGGAGCAACCUCACAAACCUCUACACAGGCAACCUGGCAAAUGUAGGCUACAUCGCUGCUGAUAUUUCCACCAGGAAACUUUACUGGGGGGUGUCAGGCUCAGGAGUGAUCGAGAGCGGCACCAUGGACGGGGCGAGUCGGGUGACAGUGGUCAGUGGCCUGUCUCACCCGUGGGGGUUGACUAUCUACCAGAGCCAUCUCUAUUACACCGACUUAGACUAUCAGGUCAUUGAGAGGGUAGACAAAGAGACGGGCGCCAAUAUGGUGGUGAUGAGGAGUGGCCUGUCCCAACUGCGGGCCAUCAAAGUGCACGCCAGAGACAACUCAGUCGGGACCGCGAACGCUUGCAGCUCCAACAACGGUGGCUGUCCUCACCUCUGUCUGCCCAAACCCAACAACCAAAGGACCUGUGCCUGCACCAUAGGCUUUCACCCGUCUCCGGACGGCUCUCGUUGCGAAGAGUUUGACUCUUUUGCCGUCGUCUCCAUGCCCAAGUACAUCCGCGGCUUCCACAUCAACAGCUCGGAUCAUUCUGAGGCGAUGGUGCCCAUCGGUGGAUCUUCCAACAUUAAGGAGAGCUUAGGCCUCCACAUAGAAUCUGGCUACAUCUACUGGAUUGACAACAGCACCUCCACCUCCUUUAAAGGCAUCUACAGGGCUAAAACAGAUGGAUCAUACUACCAAAGGGUGGUCUCCGGUGGUAUUGGUAGAGGAGGCAUCCAGGGUCUUGCAGUGGACUGGGUUUCCAACAACUUGUACUUUACCAACGCCUUUGAGAGUGAGACCUUCCUGGAAGUGCUGGCCAUCAACACCUCAUACCGACUGAUUCUCCUCAAGUCUUCCCAGGACAGGCCCCGCGACCUGGCCGUCAACCCCAAGCAGCGCUACCUUUUCUGGACCGAUGGUAGCCAGACGCCCAAAAUAGAGCGCACGCUGCUGGACGGCACAAACCGCACCGUGCUGGCAUCUGAGAGUCUGUUGUCUCCUCGUGGCCUCACUGUUGAUUACACCAACGACUUCCUCUAUUGGACGGACGAUGUUCUGGACAUGAUCUCGCGGAUGGCUGCAGACGGUUCACAGAGGCAGAUAAUCCGGUACGGGAGUCGCUAUCCGUCUCCCACUGGGGUCGCUAUACUAGGAAACGUCAUGCUGUGGGUGGAUAAAAGACUUGGGAAGCUUUUACAGGCCAGUAAAGAGCCAGGCAACCUUAACCAGACAGAGGUAAUCCGAGACAAUCUUGAUGGUGCGUCGGAUGUCGCCAUCUUUGAUCCUCAUGUCCAACCUUUAGCGGCCCACCAGGUGGGCUUCAAUCCAUGCCACGAGGACAAUGGGCGCUGCCAGCAACUCUGCUUCGCUAUACCAGACCAGGACCAUCCAAAAUGUGCCUGUGCCCAUGGGUCACUCCUCAACAAUGGAGUAACCUGUGGUUACAGACAAGAUGAUUUUCUAGUUUUCACCACAGACUACACACUGAACAGUAUGAGGCUCGACCCCCAGGAUCACAGCAGUCCUUUCCCGACAUUUAACCUGGGGUACAACUUGAUGGGGUUGGAUUUUGACUCCAAGGGGAGGCGUGUUUUCUUCACCCAGUACAUGGGGUUAGGCAGGAGCAGGAUUGGCUACAUCACCACCACUUCCGCCAGUAGCGCACCCACCAUCAUUGCUUCAAAUUUGGAUGACCCUGAAGGCUUGGCGUAUGACUGGGUUAACAAACGUCUCUACUUCACCGACUACCAUCGCAAGAAUGUGCAGUCAAUCGGCUUGGACGGGAUGAACCGCACAAUCAUCGCCCACGCAAACCGUCCCAGAGGCAUCGUAGUCGACCCUUGCUACGGUUACUUGUAUUGGACUGACUGGAACAGCCCCGCCAAGAUCGAAAGAGCCACGCUCGGCGGGAAUUUCCGAACUCCCAUCAUUAACAGCAGCUUGUCCACACCCAAUGGCUUGGCUAUUGACUUUGUAGAGAGGAUGCUAUACUGGGCUGACGCCUCACAAGACAAAAUCGAGCGGUCCACCCUGACAGGCGCAAACAGAGAAGUAAUCCUGUUGGGGGUCCAGUACCCCUUUGCCAUGACUGUCUUUCAACAGGACAUCUUCUGGACCGACUGGACGGAACGGGCUGUCUUCAGGGCUGGAAAAGAUGACGGUUCUGGCGUUUUAGUGCUGGGCCAGGACCUUCAGUACCGGCCAAAUGAUAUUCACGUCUAUGCCGCGUCCAAGCAGGAGAGCUGCUCCAGCUCCUGCCUGCAGUUCAACGGAGGCUGUAGUCAUGUGUGUGUACCUGGCCCAUCGGGACCAGAGUGCCAGUGUCCCCAUCAAGGGAAGUGGUACCUGGCCAAUAACGGCAAGGACUGCAUCCAAGACAACGGAAAGCGAUGCCAAGCCGAACAGUUCACGUGUCUCAACGGAAACUGCAUCAGGGCUAGCUGGAAAUGUGACGGCUACGACGACUGUAGGGAUGACACGGAUGAGUUGGAGAGAGUGUGUGCAUUCCACACUUGCUCGGGUAAUCAGUUCACCUGCGACAAUGGCCGCUGCAUACCUCUCAACUAUGCCUGUGACUACACGGACGACUGCGGCGACAACAGCGACGAACGGGGCUGCCCCUUCCCCACCUGCAACCCCGACUCGGAGUUCACCUGCGAUAACGGACGCUGCAUCAACGCGGCCUUUGUUUGUGACGGCUACAACGACUGCCGCGACAACGCCACCUCGGAUGAAAUCAACUGCCCUGACAGACAAUGUCCCACGGGCAAGGUCAAAUGUGAGAACACCAACAUCUGCAUCUAUCCCAACAAUCUGUGCGAUGGCUACAACAACUGCGGUGACAACAGCGAUGAGAAUCCUCUCUUCUGCGCGGGUCGUACGUGCCCCCCUAACAAGUUCCAGUGUGACGGUGGGAAGUGCAUCCCUGAAUCUUGGGUGUGUGACAUCUUCAAAGACUGCAAUGAUGGAACUGAUGAACCUCCCACCUGCGAGCAUCAUGUGCAAACUUGUAGCGUCAGCCAGUUCACAUGUACCAAUGGAAACUGCAUCCCUCAGUACAUGGUCUGUGAUGGCAACAAUGACUGCUGGGACAACAGUGAUGAGGCUACUGAGCUGCAGUGUGGCCAGCGUACAUGCAGCUCUAACCAGUUCACCUGUCCAACCUGGCUUCCUGGUCACCCGCGCUGUGUGUCCUUAAACUAUGUGUGUGACGGUGACAAAGACUGCGUCGACGCAGCUGAUGAGCUCCACAACUGCCCCAAUCGCACCUGCCACAUGAAUGAGUUUGCCUGCUCCAAUGGCCUUUGCAUCUACCUCCCCUAUCACUGCGACCGCGUGAACGACUGCGGGGAUGGCAGCGAUGAGCUGGGCUGCACUUACGACACAUGCAGCAGCAACCAAUUCACCUGUAGCAACGGGGCCUGCAUCUACUCCGCUUACACCUGCGACGGAGAGAACGACUGCCUGGACGGGUCCGACGAAGCGGCCAGCUUGUGCGUGACGCCGCAGCCCACAUGUGCACCUCAGCAGUACAUGUGCAAGACGGGCGAGUGCAUCGACGUGAAGAACGUGUGCAACGGGGUGAAGGACUGCCAGGACAACAGUGACGAAAAAGGCUGUGGGAUCAAUGAGUGCCGCAACCCUUCGGUCCACCAGUGUGCCCAGGUGUGCACCGACACGCUCACCGGUUACUUCUGCUCCUGCAACCCCGGCUAUAAGCUCAUGGCCGACGGCAAAGCCUGCGAGGACCUCAACGAGUGUCUCAGCACUCCUCCCGUCUGCAGCCAGAUCUGCGAGAACACCGUCGGCUCCUAUCACUGCAAAUGCGCACCGGGGUACCUGCGGGAACCUGACGGGCGCACCUGUCGUCACAACAGCGGCAUCAACCCGUACCUGCUGUACACCAAUCGCUACUACAUCCGCAACCUGACCACUGACGGAUCCCAGCUGAGCAUAGUGCUGCAGGGGUUCUCCAACGUGGUGGCGUUGGAUUUCGACUAUUCCGAGAAAAGGCUUUAUUGGCUUGAUGCGGGAGUGGGGAAGAUUGAGAGGAUGCGUUUUGAUGGGCACGACAGAGAGGUGCUGGUGGAAAACGACAUCCUCGGAGCGGAGGGCCUGGCGCUCGACUGGGUGGGCAGGAAAUUGUACUGGGUCGACGGUUACUAUGGCUCUGUUCAUGUGAUGGAGCUGGAUGGGCGCUACAUGAAGAGGCUGAUUACCGGCCACUUCACAGAUGGAAACUACACUUACACUGUUAGCCGACCGAGGGCUGUGGCUGUCAACCCAAAAUACGGGUGGUUGUACUGGACCGACUGGGCGGACACUCCGUAUAUUGGCAGGGCAGGCAUGGAUGGAAGCAAUGUCAGCGCCAUUAUAACAGCCAAGCUGGAGUGGCCCAGCGCCCUGACCAUAGACUACACUACCAAUAACAUUUUCUUUGCCGAUGCCCACCUUAACUUUCUCGACUUUGCAGACAUGGAUGGCAAAAACCGACACCGGACCCUAGCUGGUACACUGCCACAUGUCUUUGCAGUGUCCCUCUUUGAGGACUCGGUCUACUGGACAGACUGGAACACACACAAUGUGGAAAAGGCCCACAAGUACACCGGUGAAGGACGCUUGGUCAUGGGCAAUAACACCCACCGACCGUAUGACCUUCAUGUGUGCCACCCCUACAGGCAACCACGAAGUGAAAACCCAUGCUCGUCCCACAGCCUGACCUGCAGUCAUCUGUGUCUGAUUGCGCCGGGUGGGCAGAGCGCCACCUGCGAGUGCCCGGAUCACUUUAUUGGAAUUUCUUUGGGCUUCAAGAUCCAAUGUGUUGCAGACUGUUCCAGCACCCAGUUCCGCUGUGGGGACAAUGAGAGAUGCAUUCCAAUAUGGUGGAAGUGUGACGGCCAGUCAGACUGCGGGGAUGGCUCAGAUGAACCCCAAACCUGCCCGCCCCGCCAUUGUCCCAUCGGCCGCUUCCAGUGUCAAGAUGGAAACUGCACAUAUCCCGGCUUCCUCUGUGAUGCUCACCCGGACUGUCCCGACGGUUCCGACGAAGACGCCGCUCUCUGCAGUGACCAUCGAUGCGAGGACAACCAGUUCCAGUGCAAGAAUAAGAUGUGCAUCCCCAUGUCGUGGCACUGUGACGGCUCGAAGGACUGCUCAGACGGCAGCGACGAGGACGCCGAAACCUGCGCCCAGAAGACUUGCCGACCGGGACAGUUCCAGUGCGCCAAUGGGAACUGUCUUCCGUCGAGCUACGUGUGCGACGCGCAGGAUGACUGUGGCGACGGAUCCGAUGAGCCUUACGACACCUGCAUGGGCCCAGACUACAAGUGCGACGAAACUGAGUUCUCCUGCAAAACGAACUACCGCUGCAUUCCUCAGUGGGCCCGAUGCGACGGCACCAACGACUGCAUCGACAACAGCGACGAGCAAGGCUGCGAGGAGGUGACAUGCGACCCCCUGGGCGAUUUCCGUUGCGACAACCAUCGCUGCGUCCCCAUUCGCUGGAAGUGCGACGGGAGCAACGACUGCGGCGACGGCUCGGACGAGAGGAACUGCCAGCCGAGGCCCUGCUCAGAGAGCGAGUUCCGAUGCGACAAUGCACAGUGCAUCCCCGGGAAGUGGGUGUGUGACCAUGACAACGAUUGUGGGGACAACUCGGACGAGCGAGACUGCGAGUUGCAGACGUGUCGUCCAGGCACAUUCCAGUGCGACUCGGGCCAUUGCGUCCCCGCUGUGCUGCAGUGUGACGGACGCCCUGACUGUCAAGAUCUAUCAGAUGAGACCAGCUGUCCCACUCGUUACCCAGGAGGCCGAUGGUGCCCUCAGGGCCAAUUCGAGUGCGCCAACCAUCUGUGUCUGAACAUGGCCUGGGUGUGCGACGGCACGGAUGACUGCGGGGACCGAUCUGACGAACAACUUACUUUAUGCCUGAACAUCACAUGUGAGAUGCCGUCUCGAUUCCGCUGUGCCAACGGCUACUGUGUCUACUCUGGCCUGCUCUGCAACCAGAAGGACGACUGUGGAGACGGCAGUGAUGAGAAGGAGGAACUUUGCCGCCCGCCCACCCUGGCCCCCUGCACGCUCGACCAGUUUAAAUGCACCAAUGGCCACUGUGUGCCUCUGCCUUAUGUCUGCGACCACAAUGACAACUGCGGGGACCGCACCGACGAGUUGGGCUGCAAUUUCGGCCAUGACCGUAACUGUGAGGAGAAGCGGUGCCAGCAGCAAUGCACCAAUUUGAACGGCACCGGAUUCAUCUGCUCCUGCGGGCCUGGAUACAUAGUGGACCCGGAUAACACCUACACUUGCUUGGACGUCAACGAGUGCGAGGUUUUCGGCACUUGCCCUCAACUCUGUAAGAACACCAAGGGCGGCUACGACUGCGAAUGCGCUCCCGGCUACCGCAGAGUCGGCAAGGCCGACAUGUGCGAGGCGGAAGGCGCCGCUCCCAUGCUCCUCCUACCUGAGAGCGUUCGCAUCCGGAGGUUCAACCUGCAGACGGAGGGCUACCACGACUUCCUCCAGGAGGCGGAGCGCAUCAUGGCGCUGGACUAUGACUGGGACCACAACAACACUGGAUUCAGUAUUGUGUACUUCACCGUGGCCAGCAAGGACUCUGCACCAGGCGCCAUUAAGAGAGCUUAUAUACCUUCACUGGACGAUGGCAGCAACAACAUUGGCGCCGCUGUUGACCUCGGUAUUAAGUACAUCACCAGACCAGAUGGCAUUGCUGUGGACUGGGUGGGCAGGAACCUGUACUGGGCCGACUCCAAGCUGAGGAGGUUAGAGGUGGCCAUGUUGGAUGGACGCUACAGGAAGCACCUCGUCAAGACCGAACUGGGCCACCCGUCUGCCGUAGCGGUCAACCCACGACUAGGGAUGUUGUACUGGUCCGACCGUGGCGAAGCAGCCAAGAUUGAAUGUUCCUGGCUGGACGGUCAAGAGAGGAAGGUCCUCGUGGGGCAAAACAUGGGUUGGCCCACUGGCCUGUCCAUUGACUUCACCAAUAAUGACAGAAUCUACUGGUCGGAUUCCAAAGAGAACCGCAUUGAGUCCGUUCUGCCUUCAGGAGAGGACCGCAGAACUGCUGUCUACAUAGACGUGCGAACCCCCUUCAGCGUGAGCGUAUUCGAGGACCAUGUUUACUGGAACACGCAGGAGAAAGGCGAGGUGUUCCGGCAGGACAAGUUUGGCCACGGGACCAAGACCAAGCUACUGACUGUUGGACCCUGGCUGACCCAAGUCUCUGUAUACCAGGAGCAGCGAUACAACUCCAUUGACAUGAAGAAUCCAUGUAAGGGAACGUGCAGCCACCUGUGUCUACUGCGUCCAGGUGGCUACACGUGCGCCUGUCCCGAGGGCACCGACUUCGUCCCUGGAAGUAACAUGCAGUGCGAUGCCGGGUUUGAUCCUCUACCCACCAUGCCGCCACCAUGCCAGUGUCAGAAUGGCGGCACGUGCUACUUUGACGACAACAAGGCUCUCUGCAAGUGUCCUCCAGACUGGAAGGGUGAAUACUGCCAGACGAGCAUCUACAAUGUGGUGGCAUCAUCAAUCGGCAUCGCCAUCGGAGUGACGAUCAUCAUCUUGGUGGUGCUUAUUGCCCUGGUCUAUGCUGCCAGGAAGAAGUCCAACAUAAUGGAGAGCCUCUGGGACAGCCUUCCUUCCAUGCCUUCAUUGCCCUCAAUGCCAUCUAUGCCUUCAAUGCCCAGCCUACCUUUCUUCAGAAAGAGUCCUCCUCCAAAUGUUUCCAAUUUAGAAGACCCUGAAGGGACAAGGCUGAAUUCAGAGCCGGUUCCAUGUAUGUCCAUGGUGGAGACAGAGCAGAAGAGUUUUGACAAUCCAUCUUACGUGACCGGACCACAACCCGGCGCUGGGAGCACGCCCACCACCGCAGCCACUUCCAUUGGAACAAGCCAGCAGAGCAUCACAAAUCCCUUUUACAUGGAGGAGGUUAAGGCUGUGGGCGAGCCCACCAGAAUGAGUGUGACCGCCAAACCUGCACCUUCCAAAAAGGAGGCCUUCGAGAACCCAGUGUACAGCUCGGAGACCGAAGACGCCGAUGUCCCUUCGUCACCCUCCCAUUUGAGCGUGCCGAGAUUUGGACCCAUCGAGGAUGGAGGAUUUGUGUCUUUCAAAAACCCAGUGUACACGGAAGACGGGCGUCUGGCAAAUGACGAUUCCGACAUCUAAUGUGCGGUCGACGAGAGAUGACGCCGACAUUUCGCAAUUGACACUGAAGAUGAGAAGACUACAGUGCACUUUUUUUCCAACUCUGCUGGACAUGGAAUGUUUAUACACCUGCAUCAAAUCAGCAAAUUUGUAAAUUAAGUCAUGCGUUUGCUUUGAUCGAAUUAUGUGUUUUUAUAAUGAAUGAUCUUAUUUUCUAGCCUUUUGUACAUUUUGAUUCUUACUAAUUUCAACCCUUGUAAUUGUUAUUUUUGUUUUGUUUUUUUGUUAAGCUAUAAAGGUAUGU